UUACAGUUGUAUGCAUAGUUUCUAUUAGAAUAUUUAUGCUCAAUAAUGUAUGUUGUUAUAGGCGUCAAACCUGGGGUGGCAAGGAAUCACAGCAGGUUAAGAUGGCUCCACCACGGGUUCAGAAUUCUGUUACUUUGUUUGGAUCUGCACCAUGGGGUUUCAGAUUAUCUGGAGGAAAGGAAUUCAACCAACCAUUAGUUAUUACACGGAUUACACCUGGAAGUGUAGCAGCACGAUCUGGCUUGACUUCUGGUGAUGUAUUGGUCGCUGUAAACGGUCUGUUUGUUACUGAAAUGACUCAGGAUCAAUGUGAGGUUAAAAUAAAGCAAGCAGUUGGAUCAAUUCAACUCGUUGUUGAAAAAAAUGCUGCAGCUGUGUCUCAAAACUCAUCUGGUGAGAUAACCAUGGAUGCUGACAGAAGUAUUUAUGUACAAGGCGGGCCAACACAUAAUAGAACAGGACAAAGUGGAACUGCAACAAGACCUAUGAAAGUACCUAUAAGCGGUCACAACUCUGUACCAGUGUUCGAUCCAUCGAUGCUUAAAAAAUCAGCAUCAACAAAACAAGGAACUGUAGUCAUGAAAGGACCAGGCAAAUCUAAAGUGAUCCAUGCGCAAUAUAACACGCCUAUGGGAAUGUAUUCGAAUGAUAAUAUCAUUGAUACUGUACAAGCACAAGCUCAAUCUAUGGGAGUGUCUUUGCCCGGGGCUAGCGGAGACUCUUCCCCUCUGAACCCAAACUCUGCUGUUUUCCGCGAAGUACAUCGACAGUCUGCAGCCCCAAACAAAUCAAACCAGUCAAGGAGUUUUAAGAUGCUGCAGUCGUUCGUAGAAAAUGAAAAUUGAUUGGAAAAUAUACUUAAGAACUGGAAUUUUAUUGCACCUUAAAUACUAUGUUUCGGUUAAAGUGUAUGUUUGUAUUUAAAAACACAGACUGAAACCGGAUAGAAUAUCUUCGAAACACAAAACUGCAAGUGUUUUUAUAAGUCUAUUAUUUAUACUCUUGUGUUCAUCUCGAUCCAACUUGUAAAAUUUUCCACCUGAAGAGAUGUGACAUAAUGCAUAAACUAUUGCCUAUAUAAAGUUAUGUGUUACAAUAUACCUUUGUG